AUGCCGAAGCGGACGGUCUUCUACGCGCCUCCGUCGCAGCACUUUGAGCGUUCGCUCGACGUCUACAGCCCAACCAGCUCGCCUGGCACGGACCACACUCCUCCGCUCGUCAUCAUGGUUGUUGGGUCGGGCUGGAUUGGCCACCGCGCUGGCAUCUACCGCGUCUUUGACUGGUGGAAUGCGGCCGGACCUGCGACAGUCGCAUCUGUGGGCUGCACGUGUGUGUGCGUCCGACACCGUGGCGCUUUCCCUCGGCCGCCGCCUGGUGCGAUUGCCUUUGCGCUCGCAUGCGCAGCUGCGCUAGCAGGCGGCUUCCCAUGGUCUGUUUGCGUGCUGCUUCUGUACGGCGCGUGGCUCUUGGCCGCACGUGGUGCCGCAACGCACGAGGCAAUGAUGGAUGACGUCGCGCAAGCUCUCGUUUGGGUGCGCAGCCACCGUGCUGAGCUGGCGCCGCCGGACGCCAAGCUCAUCAUAGGCGGCUACUCCUCGGGAGGGCAUGUUGCUGUCUCGCUGCUGCAGCGGCCCGACAAGCUCGCUCACUUUGGCCUCCCCCCGGCGGCUGGCUGCGACGGCAUCCUCCUGCUCUCGGACGUCACGUCGGCCCGCCUCCUCGCGUGGCUCCUGCAGCGCGUUCUCUUUGGCGAGGCGCUGCCGUCGCCCCUGCACACCGUGGAGAAGAGCCCCGCGGUCCCGCACCUCCUCGUCCACUGCCACCACGAGGCCUUUGGACUGCCGCUGUUUGAGCCCGCCCUCAGCCACCUCCUCUGCACACCACAGUUUGCUCCGGCGCUGCGGGCGGCGGGCGUGCCGGUACGAGUCGAGGGCGUGCCAAGCGACCACUGGACGAUCCUUGCGAGCGAGCCGCUCGCAAACGCCCUCCGGAGGACGCUGUUGGAGGAGAGGCUAAAGUCUGCCCAGGUUGUGAGGGACACGAUCCCGGCGUGA